AUGACGUCAUUUCCGGUGCCACCUGCGUGGUCCCCGGCAGCCGUAAAGAGGGUGUGCAAGUGUCGGAAGAGCUGCCGGGAUGCAGCAGCCAAGAGGAACAGCUGGAGGCCGUGGCUGCGCUCUCUUUCCAGUGCUGAGCAUCCUAGUCGUCCAGGGUGUGCACAUCGUCCUUCCUUUGGAGAUAAGCGCAGAUGCUCACGUCCGAGGAUAUGUUGGAGAGAAGAUCAAGUUGAAAUGCACCUUUAAGUCAUCUUCGGAUGUCACUGACAAGCUGACCAUAGACUGGACAUACCGCCCUCCCAGCAGCAGUCGUACAGAAUCUAUUUUUCAUUAUCAGUCUUUCCAGUACCCAACUACAGCGGGCACAUUCCGAGACCGGAUUUCCUGGGCUGGAAAUGUCUACAAAGGCGAUGCAUCCAUCAGCAUCAGCAACCCCACUCUGAAGGACAAUGGGACGUUCAGCUGUGCUGUGAAGAACCCUCCAGAUGUUUACCACAAUAUCCCCCUGACAGAGCUCACGGUCACAGAAAGAGGUUUUGGCACCAUGCUGUCCUCUGUGGCCCUCCUCUCCAUCCUCGUCUUUGUCCCCUCAGCACUGGUGGUCAUCCUGCUGCUGGUGAGAAUGGGGAGGAAGGCGAUGGGGGUGAAGAAGAGGAGUAGGUCUGGUUAUAAGAAGUCUUCCAUUGAAGUUUCCGAUGACACUGACCAGGAGGACAACAAUGACUGCAUGGCGAGGCUUUGUGUCCGCUGUGCGGAGUGUCUGGAUUCAGACUACGAAGAUGCAUACUGAUGAAGUGUGUGAUGCAAGAGGGGUUACCAAAUAACAGGAAAUAUCCCAUCCCCCUGGCCAGGAGCGCCACUGGCGGGGACAGCAGUGACAGGAGAUUACGAAGGUCACCAGUGAAGACUUUAAGGACCAUUUAUUUAUUGAAGAAAUGUUUAUUUUGUAUUUAUAAACUGUUCAGAAACUCCCAGAAGGGACUCAUGACUUCCCUUCCUAAUACGCUCUGAUUGGACAAAGAAAUUCUUGAACAGAAGCACGCCCCCUGGUUUACCUUCGCCCUUGAAUGUAGUUUGUGUUUUCUUCCAGUUGUCUGAUGGAGAAUCCCAAAUUGCUGUCACUCUGCUGAUGCCAAAAUUGUACUUUUAAAUGAUGUGGGGCUUGCAGCUUCCUGAUGAUGUGCCAACGAAGAACACACUUGUUUGGGAUGGGAUAGCCUUUGUUUCUUAUCCACGAAUGUUUUCUGUUUCGAGUAUUCAGUGUGCACUACUUGGUUUAACAGUCCUCAGUCGUGUGAAGGUGACUUGGAGUAUUUCUUUCGACUCAGUAGGUUUACAAGUUGUAGGUUUGCUUUGACUGGGUCUUUUAAGUAUUAAAAUAUUGUCAUUUUAUAGUUAAGGAAACAAA